AUGCAUUCAUCUGCCUAUUCCCAUAGACGACAUGUCACCGAAGGAAAUGAAAACCCUCCUCUCUUGUACGAAGAUGCUUUCGAAAACCCUCCCCAUGAUACUGAGCUUGCCAAGAUUAGACUAUUGAGGUCACAAACCAGGUCUUUGGUCCAACAGCUGUGGGAUGCUGCCAGAGAUAUUGAGGCUGUAGAAACACUGGCUCAGCCCAUCAAACAGUAUCCUUCUGACUUGGUUAGAGACGAACUUGCUAGUCUGCGUCUUCAUCAAGAAAGUAUUGGAAAAGCAAAUGCCAUUCGGAAAACUACAACUGUGUUUUCGCCUUCUCCAUCUCGAAAUACACGCUCGGCAAGUCGUCUGAGCAUUGGAAGAGAACGAUCUAGGCAAUUGUAUAGUCGCUCAAGCAAUUAUAUUCCCGAAUCUAUCCCAACUCGUACUUUUGGAUCCAAUUCUGCUGCAUUCAUCUCUUCAACAUCAAAAAACAUUCAAAAAAUAAAAGAGUCAACUGCGCGAAGCAGACCCAUCAGUCAUUCAAAAACUCCAUCACCAACUAAAUCCAUCAAUCCUGUUUAUAAACGACCACUUUCUCCAGACAAAGUGCGUGUUUUACCACUCUCUAAAGAGGAUCGUGAAAAAAUGUUGAUGCAGCGCUGCAAUGAAAAGGCAGACGAGAUUUUACAACGAGAUGACUCUUAUUUUGACGAUAUUUCCAAAUACCGACAGCUAUAUCCAGAUUUAUAUACUCGCGAUGUUCCCCAAGUAUCUCCAAAGUUCAAAACAUCCAUCAACAGAUCGCCCAUUGUAGAGUGCAAACCUAUUCCAUUAAAGGACGACGGAUACUAUUAUUCUGGAGUAUUCAGAGUCAAUGAGCGACUUUUUCCAGAAAAACUGGAUCAUCCUUACAAGUCAUCUACAGACUCGAAUGUGUUUAUGCUUGAUAAAAAAUCAAAGUACAUGGCAUCGAAUGAGCCUCCUGUAAAAGUGAGUAUUCCAAUUAACCGAAUCAGUCCAACACAACGCCAUUAUAAUCAUCAUAGACGGUCUUCUUAUGAUCCUGCUGAUUCGGCAGAUAUAUCUGCAUAUUUGCACAAAGGAUACCGACCCUAUUUAUGGAGUAGUCGAAUGCUUCGUCCAACCAAAGAGCAUGCAUCUUUGAAAGAAGAAAUUCUUUUUAGCAGUACCAAAUAA